AUGGAGAAUCCGCAUGCUGAACGUCAAAACGUUCUUCUUCAACGCAUCAUCAAGAAUGCUGAUAAGUGCACGGAAACCAUCGUCGAGCUGAAUCAUUGUCUUGAGGAGAUUACUCGCGCCAAUGCGCACGUACAGAUAGCAGCCGACCUCUUCACCAAGUACCGGAAGAACGUGCAAUAUAACCUCGAAGCGACCCCGUGCAGCUGA